AUGCUCAGGGGUCAGCAGCUGCUGCUGUUGCUGUUCUUCAAGGGACCAUUAAUCAAUGCUGGUGCCUGGACUGGAGAUGCCACAGAUUCCAACACUGAGGAUAACCUGCCAUCCUCCCCAGAAAAGGGCUGGUGCUCCACCUGGGGAGCUGGCCACUUUUCCACCUUUGACCACCAUGAGUACGAUUUCAAAGGGAUGUGCAACUACGUCUUUACGGCUACCUGUAGGGAUGCCUCGCCCACCUUUAGCAUCCAGUUGCGGAGAGACAGGGAUGGGAACAUAUCCCGGAUCAUCAUAGAACUUGGGGCUUCUGUGGUCACUGUGAACAAGGCAAUCGUCUCUGUCAGGGACAUCGGGGUUGUUAGCCUGCCCUACACCAGCAAUGGCCUCCAGAUCACACCAUACGGCCAGAGCGUGCAGCUGGUGGCCAAGCAGCUGGAGCUGGAGUUAGUUGUCAUUUGGGGUCCAGAUGCCCAUCUUAUGGUCCUGGUAGAGAAGAAGUACAUGGGCAAGCUGUGUGGACUGUGUGGGAACUUCGACGGGAAGACAGACAAUGAAUUUCUGAGUGAGGAUGGCAAACUUCUGGAACCUCACAAAUAUGCCACACUCCAGAAGCUAGAUGACCCCAAUGAGAUCUGUGCCCAUGAGGCCAUCCCCAGCCCUACCACCCUGGAGACCAGAUAUGCCCAUAUCUGCAACCAGCUACUGACCCUGGUGUCCCCUGGGUGUGACGUGCCCAAGGAGCCACUGGUGCUGAGCUGCCAGGCAGACAUGGCCGAGUGUGCCCAGCCAGGCCGGCAGAAUUGCAGCUGUGCCACACUGUCUGAGUACUCCCGUCGAUGUAAUGUGGCCGGCCAGCCUGUGCGCAACUGGAGGACCCCCGGGCUCUGCCCCGUGAGCCAGUGCCCGGCCAACCAGGUGUACCAGGAGUGUGGUGAGGUCUGCGUCAAGACUUGCUCCAACCCACAGCACAGCUGCUCCAGCUUCUGCACCUUCGGCUGCUUCUGCCCCCAUGGUACACUACUUGACGAUAUAUCCAAAAACCAGUCCUGUGUGCCAGUCAGCCAAUGCCCCUGUAUGCUCAAUGGUGUGGUCUAUGGCCCUGGGGAGAUCACAAGGACAGCCUGCCAAACCUGCCAGUGCACCAUGGGCCGCUGGACGUGCACGAAGCAGCCUUGUCCUGGCCACUGCUCCCUAGAAGGUGGCUCCUUUGUCACCACCUUCGAUGCCAGACCCUACCGCUUCCACGGCACCUGCACCUACACUCUUCUCCAGAGCCCACUGCUUCCCAACGAAGGCACGCUCAUGGCUGUGUAUGACAAGUCAGGUUACUCACACUCAGAGACCUCCCUAGUGUCUAUCAUCUACCUGUCCAAGAAGGACAAAAUCGUCAUCUCAGAGGAUGAAGUGGUCACCAACAAUGGGGACACCAAGUUGCUGCCAUACAAGACACACAACAUCACCAUCUUCAGGCAGACGUCUACCCACCUCCAGAUGGUUACCACCUUUGGACUGGAACUUGUGGUCCAGCUGCAGCCCGUCUUCCAGGCACACAUCACAGUCGGACCCCAGUUCAAAGGCCAGACCAGAGGGCUCUGUGGCAAUUUCAAUGGCGACACAACGGAUGAUUUCACAACCAGCAUGGGCAUUGAUGAAGGCACUGCCUCACUCUUCGUGGACUCCUGGCGCGCAGGGAACUGUCCAGCUGCCCUAGAGCGUGAGACGGACCCCUGCUCCAUGAGCCAGCUCAACAAGGUGUGCGCAGAGACCCACUGCUCCAUGCUGCUGAGGAAGGGCAGUGUGUUUGAGAAGUGCCACACUGUGGUGAACCCCCAGCCCUUCUACAAGAGGUGUGUGUACCAGGCCUGCAACUACGAGGAGACCUUCCCUCACAUCUGUUCUGCACUGGGGGCCUACGCCCAUGCCUGCUCCGCCCGAGGCAUCCUGCUCUUGGGCUGGAGGAGCAGCGUGGACAACUGCACCGUGCCUUGCACUGGCAACCGCACAUUCAGCUACGACAGCAAGGCCUGUGACCGCACCUGCCUGUCUCUGUCGGAUCGUGAGACAGAGUGUCAUGCAAGUGCUGUGCCGGUGGAUGGCUGCAACUGUCCUGAGGGCACCUACCUGAACCACAAGGCAGAAUGUGUGCACAAGGCCCAGUGCCCCUGUAUGCUGGACAGCUACAAGUUCGUCCAGGCUGAUCAGUCAACCAUGAUCAACGGGGUCAUAUGCUACUGCAUCAAUGGCCGCCUGAGCUGCCCACGGCAGGCCGAGAUGUUUUUGGCAUCCUGCCCAGAACCCAAGACCUUGCAGUCCUGCAGCCAGUCGUCAGAAGACAAGUUUGGGGCUGCAUGUGCCCCCACGUGCCAGAUGCUGGCCACAGGCAUUGACUGUGUACCCACCAAAUGUGAACCUGGCUGUAUCUGUCCCAAGGGGCUCUAUGAGAACAGUGACGGGCAGUGUGUGCCUGCAGAGGAAUGCCCAUGUGACUUUGCAGGGGUGUCCUAUCCUGGUGGCUCUGAGCUCCAUACUGACUGUAAGAAUUGCACUUGCUCCCAGGGGAAGUGGACCUGCCAGCUUAGUGCACAGUGCCCGUCCACCUGUGUCCUCUACGGUGAAGGCCACGUCGUAACUUUCGAUGGACAGCGCUUUGUGUUUGAAGGCAACUGCGAGUACACUCUGGCCACGGACGACUGUGGUGCCAACAGCUCACAGCCUACCUUCAAGGUCCUGACAGAGAACGUCAUCUGUGGGAAAUCAGGGGUCACCUGCUCCCGAGCCAUCAAGAUCUCCCUGGGUGGGCUGUCCAUCACAAUGGCAGACAGGAACUACACGGUCAGCGGGGAAGAACCCUUGGUGCACCUUCAGGUGAAGCCCAGCCCCCUAAACCUUGUCCUGGACAUAGGCAUCCCUGGAAGGCUCAACCUGACACUUGUGUGGAACAAGCACAUGAGUGUCUCUAUCAAGAUCAGCCGUGCCACCCAGGAUGCCCUCUGUGGCUUGUGUGGCAACUCCAAUGGGAACAUGAAGGAUGACUUUGAGACACGCAGCAAGUACGUGGCAUCCAGUGAACUGGAGUUUGUGAACUCAUGGAAGGAAAAUCCACUGUGUGGGGAUGCGAGUUACGUGGUGGAUCCCUGUAGCCUAAAUACCUUCCGGCGCUCCUGGGCUGAGCGCAAAUGCAACAUUAUCAACAGCCAAACCUUUGCCGCCUGCCACAGUAAGGUAUACCACCUGCCCUACUAUGAGGCCUGCGUACGUGAUACCUGUGGUUGCGACAUGGGCGGAGACUGCGAGUGUCUGUGUGAUGCAGUGGCUGCCUAUGCCAAGGCCUGUCUGGACAAGGGCGUGUGUGUGGACUGGAGGGCCCCAGACUUCUGCCCUGUCUACUGUGACUUCUACAACAUCCACACACUGGUGGGUGAGAAGGAAUACCAGUAUGCUCAAGAGGCCAACUGCACGUGGCACUACCAGCCCUGUCUCUGCCCUGGCAGCUUGGGGAGCUUCCCGGACACAAACAUUGAAGGAUGCUACAACUGCUCCCACAAUGAGUACUUCGACCACAAAGAAGGGACCUGUGUACCCUGUGCACCACCCACUACCACACUACCGCCAGCCACCACAGGUUCACAGCCCACCACGGCAACUCCCACCAGCCCUGAGUUCUACGGUUCCAGCUCUGCAGCUACACCUGUGGGCCCCUCCUACUUGCCAGGUCUUCCAACCCCAGCACCUUCAACCCCAUCCUCCACUGAGGAAGUAACAGACUGGACCACCCCCAAGAAAUCCACAGUCUCCUCAGAAUACCCUCAAACCACUGAGGCUACUGCACCACUGACAUCACCUUUGCCUCCUACAUCCACACCGAGGUCAACACCCACAAGACUCCCGGUGACACAGGCCACAACCAAGCCCACAGCAUCUUCCCCCAGCUCAUCCACAAAGACCACAGCUCAGUUCACAGAGAGUACCACGGUGACACCACCAACCUCAGUAAUGCCUGAGAUGUCCACCAGCCGAGUGACAUCAGCCCAACAGGAAAGUCACCGUCCAGCCACAACAAGCCAUGCAACUGAGACCACAGAACUACCUCUCUCAGGAAAGACUACCCUGACCACACAUCAAACAGGACAAAGCAAUAGCCUACCACCACCUAAUACAAACACUUGGACCCCAAACACAGUAUCUCAAACUAAGCCAACACACAUGACAUGGAGCACCCACUCUCAACCAACCAUUUCUUUCCACACUACAGAAUACUCCGCAACUGCUCCCUCAGAAACAUCUAUCCAGACAACAACCACUUUUCCAAGGACUCAAAGCUCAUUAGCGUCUGUAAAUCCAACAGUUUCUACGUCAGAAGUGACACCAACAUCUCAGACUCUCAUGACCCCAACUACUUCACAUAUACUACCAUCACCUUCAAUAAUAAAGCCAUCCACCACCAUGUUUCAAACCACCACAACAGAGGAAUCAGAAAUAACACAAACAUUAGCCCCAGGCACCUAUACAACCCUAACCUCAAAUUCAUUCUCCACACAAACCACCUCAGCUUCCUUAAUACACCCUUCCAAUACAACUCAGCAUCAACCCACAUCACUUCCCCUCACUACAAUAUCCAAUAGGUCUACCAUGGGAGGAACUGGUACCCCUGUGGUGCACACCACCUCAGAAACACAUAGCAGGCCUCCUACUCCGCAUACCACACAACCUCCACCCACUGUUCCUGUCUCUAGCACAACACACACCACUGGCCCCCCAUUAGAAACUUCUGUCCAGACCACAAUCACCUUCCACACACAAUCAGGUCCUCACACUUCUUUGGCCACAACACUGCCAGUAUUUUCAACCUCCUCUGUAACAACAACUUCACAGAUAACUAGGACUCCCACAAGCACAGAAACAGUCUCAACGGCUUCCACGCCCAAGAUAUUUAGCACCAUUCUUCCUAAGACCACAAUGGAGGGAACAAGGCCCACACUUACAGCAGCUCUUACCACGUCCACAAUCAGUGCCACUUCUCAAUCUCAAA